AUGAAGACCGCAACCCCAUUUAUCGUGCUGGUGUUCUCAGCUUUAUUGACUGCAUCCAGUGCUCACAAUCACGAACAUAAACAUAAACACUUGGAUGAUAUCCUUCAGGUUGAGCUACCAUCCAAUGCUCUUCCAAAAGAGCAUUUGUUUCAUCGUCAUAAGCAUCAUGCCCAUGAAGAUAACGACACUCUUGACCAAGAACAGACCAACAGUGAACCUCUACAGAAACGUGGUGGUCAAUGUCAGUUCCCAACCGAUGCUGGCCUUGUACCUAUUACUCCCAACGAAAUGAACGCUGGAUUUGCCAUGUCGCCAAAUCAGCAAUGCACUCCUGGUAACUGGUGCCCAUAUGCCUGUCCUCCUGGUCAGUUGUCUGGUCAAUGGGAUCCUGCUGUUACUUCCUACAGUUAUCCUGGUUCGCAAUAUGGAGGAUUACAGUGUGAUGAGAAUGGUAAUAUGCAAAAACCAUUCCCUAACAAACCUUAUUGUUAUGACGGAACCGGCGCUGUUUCCCUUAAUAACAAGUGUUCUGGCGGCAUCGCUUUGUGCCAAACUGUAUUGCCAGGUAAUGAAGCUAUGCUCAUUCCCACAAAUAUCAACCCAGGAUCGUCUGAGACUAUAGCUGUACCUGACCCAUCCUACUGGGCAUCAACUGCCGCCCAUUACUAUGUGAAUCCUCCAGGAGUCUCGACUAGUGACGGCUGUGUCUGGGGAACGAGCGCCAAUCCUUAUGGAAACUGGUCUCCAUACGUAGCAGGUGCUAACACCGAUGGAAAUGGAAAUACUUUUGUGAAAAUUGGAUGGAAUCCAAUUUAUCUAGAUGGUUCUGGCUCAUUCAGUAAUACUUUACCAAACUUUGGAGUUCGCAUUGUAUGUGAGGAGGGCUCCAAUUGCAACGGAUUACCUUGUUCUAUAGAUCCGUCUACUAAUGCUCUUAACUCGGUUACUUCAGGAGAGGCAAGUGAUGGAGCUGGUGGUGCUGGUUUCUGUGUUGUCACGGCUGAAAACUAUGGCAAAGCUGUCAUUGAAGUAUUCGAAGUGGGAUCAGGUUCUGGCUCAGACUCUGGCUCGUCUUCGUCUUCGAGUUCUGGAUCCAGCUCUCAAUCAUCGUCUCAAGGCACGACCUCCGGCUCCUCAUCCUCCUCGUCACAAGAUUCUUCUUCCCAAGAACAAGCUCCAUCAUCACCAUCCAUCCCGUCAACGAGCUCCAGCUCAUCAACCCCUCCCCCACCUCCUUCCACUUCGUCCACCCCACCACCACCUCCUACGACGUCAAGUGUAAUUUCCAGCUCGAGCACAUUGUCAAGCUCCUCCUACAGUCCUCCACCUCCGUCAACUUCUUCUUCCACCACUUCAUCAACAUCAUCAACAUCAUCUAUUGCCCCAACAUCCUCGAGCAUUCCAUCCUCAACUCAGAGUCCUACUCCUACUCCCACUUCUGCUUCAAUUGACUCUCGUGAGGCACUCAACUUAUUGGCACAAUUAGAACCAUCGUCUUCUACCGCUAUUACAAGCAAUAAUUUCUACGGAGUCUCUUAUGUGAGCAACUUGGCAGUUUCUCGUACGGCUCUGUAUAAUCUUGCAAAUGCCAAUGUUACUGUUCCUACUGGAUUUGCAAACUCCAGUUCCAGCGAGGUUUCAUCUACACCGAGCACUACGGUUACAACUUCAGCUUCGAGUGAAGCCGGAACGAGUUCCUCGUCCAGUAGCACUACUUCUUCAAAGAGUUCUGCUGCAACUCAAAACAUUCAGACCUCCUUAAUGGUUGGCUUAUUGAUGGCAGUAGGAUUUCUAUUGCUUUAA